AUGGGCGAUGGAGGUGUCUUAUGCAUGCCUUUGCAGUAUAAUAUGGAGAGGUUAUCGAGUUCAGAGAAAACGCAUUGCGGAGGCAAUAGUGGGAAUGUCUUCAACUUCAAGUUGCUCAAGAAUAUGAAAUCGAGAAAGAGUGAAUUAGCAUUGGAUAGAGUGGAUAAGAGAAGUGGAAGUGAUGUUGAGAAUGAUGAAAUGGUAUGUGGUGAUAAGGUGCAGAAGGAAGAAGUUGAAGAGGGUGAGUUGAUUGCUUUGAAGUGGCCUAGAAGUGAAGUUGAAAUAGAAAAUGGAGAGUUUCUGCCGGAAAUAAAUAUGUCGUUGAGACGAAGUGAGGAUGAGAACGAGGAGAUUGUUAGUGAUAGAUGGAAAGCAAGGGAGUUUGAGAAGGGAGAAUUUCAUCAUGGGAAAUGGAGAAGAGACGAUGUGGAAAGAGGGGAGAUAGUUCAUGAGAAGGCUAGGAGAGGAGAAAAUGAAUAUGGUGGACCAUGGAGAGGUGUGAAAGAUGAUGUUGAGAGAGGAGAGUUUAUUCCAAAUAGAUGGCAUAAUGGACCAAUUGGGAAGAAUGAUUAUGGUAACAGCAGUAACCGCAGAAAUUAUUCAGGUAAGGACAAAGUUUGUAAAUUUCAACGUGAUCGUACACCACCUUCUUGGAGAUAUACAGGUGAAGAUUCUAUUAGGAAGAAAGAAUUUAUUAAUAGAAGUGGGAAUCAGCAUGCUAAAAUUUCUCCCAGGUGGGAGAAUGCCCAGCAGAGGAAUAUAAGGAACGGUUCAAAGAUUGUAGAUGACGAGAAAAAUGCAUAUAGCAAUGGUAAGGAUCAUACACGAGAUUACUCUUCUGGAAGUCGCUUGAAGAGGCUCGGUAAUGAUUUUGACAGCUAUGAGCGGAAGCAUUCUGCAGAUUUUACAAGUUCAAAAAGUAGAAAGCUUUCUGAUGAUAGCUAUCCUUAUUCAGAGAGCUAUUCUCGUCGCCCUGCGGAGCAGUCUUAUAGAAAUAAUAAUUCUACCAAACUUUCUUCAGAAAAGUAUUCUUCUAGGAAUCAUGAAUCUUCUUUUUCUACCAGACCAGCUUAUGACAGACAUGAACGCAGCCCUGUUCAUUCUGAGUGGUCCCCACAUGACCGAAGUAGGUAUUACGAUCAUAGAGAGCGCACUUCAGUGCGCCGAUCGCCCUUUAGUCGUGAGAGAUCUCCAUAUAGCCGGGAGAAAUCCCCCCAUGGUCGGGAGAGGUCCCCAUAUAUGAGGAGCUGGGACAGAAGUCGACAGCAUGAUCAUAAAUUGAGAAGUCCAGCACCACGCGUCGAGCAGUUGCCACAAGAUCAAGGUCGGCGUCAUGAUCACAGGGACUGUACUCCAAAUUUAGUAGAAGGAUCCCCCCUUGAUCAAACUAGGAAGGAUGUUCAUGAUGAAACAAGUUGCAAGAACUCAUCAUGUGAUAAGCAGAAUUCCCCAAAUAGUUGUCAGAGUGAUGAAGAUAAACUCAUUCAGAAGGAGUUGGAUUUUUCAGUUGCAGAAUCUCGAGGUGAAAGAAACAUGCAAAAGACUGACGAGUCAAUUGAGAAAGAUAUUAGUGAUAGUCAACCCGUUGAGGAACAGAAGUCCUGUAGUCCAACUAUUGAUCCGAAAGAAUCUCCACACCUCGAGCCACAACCACCUCCAGAUGAGCUGCCUUCAAUGGAAGAAGAUAUGGACAUUUGUGAUACCCCUCCGCAUGUCCCUGUGGUGACAGAUUUGUCAUCAGGAAAAUGGUUUUACCUUGAUUAUGGAGGUGUAGAAAAUGGGCCUUCCAAAUUGUGUGACAUUAAGCUCCUUGUUGAUGAAGGGGUACUAAUGUCAGAUCAUUUUAUCAAGCACUUGGAUAGUGACAGAUGGCUAACAGUUGAAAAUGCAGUGUCGCCAUUGGCUGCUCUGAGUUUCCAGUCUAUUGUGUCAGAUACAAUAACUCAGCUUGUAAAUCCUCCAGAGGCUUCUGGUAAUAUUUUGGUCGAUGCUGCAGAUAUUCAAUCUGGUCCUGAGAAUUAUCUAGAAAUGCCGGGGCCCUCGCUGCUGCCACACGGACAACCUAGCGAAAGUGUGCUUACAUCUGAACUUUUGGACAACUUCUAUAUUGAUGAAAGAGUUCAAAAUCUGUUAGAGGGUUAUGAUGUCACUCCUGGGUUGGAACUUGAGGCAGUAAAAGAAGCUUUGCAAUUGAAGUUUGAAUAUGCAAAGGAAGAUGGAUUAGGAGACUAUGAAGGUUUUCCUUCGCAUGUUUCCCGCCCUAGGGAAGAUUGUGAUUCAAGUACUUAUUUAGCAACAAGAGAUUCUGAAUCUCAGUUAAGUAUAGACAACAUGGAUAAUGGGUUUGGCAUUCCUAAGGAUUGGUUUUCUACUCAUUGGCCAUGCAAAGGUGGUGACUGGAAGAGGAACGAUGAUGCCCACGUUCGAUGUUCUAGGAAAAAACUUGUUCUAAAUAAUGGUUUUCUGUUGUGCCAAAUGCCGAAGUCUGGAUGUGAAGAUCCUCGAUGGCCUGAAAAAGAUGACUUGUAUUUUCCUUCUCAAACCAGGAGGCUUGAUCUCCCUUUGUGGGCUGUUGGUGCUGAUGAGUGGGUUGAUUGCAAUGCUGCAAGCAAGUCUAUUCAAAGUAAGCCUUCUUCUGUCAAAGGAAUGAAAGGAAAUGUUCUUUCGGUGGUAAGGAUAAAUGCAUGCGUUGUCAAUGAUCAGGGAUUGCUGCUCACUGAGUCACGCCACCAGACCCGAGGCAAGGAUAGACAACAUCCAAGGUCAGCUUGGCCAUUCACUUCAACCUGUGAUAGUAAGAGAUCAUCAACUGAAGACGAUUCUCAGUCAAAAUCAGUUAGUGAUCAAGGUUCUUACCAAAGCAUGGAGUCCAUUAGUGUCCCUAAAGACCAUGUCUGUACUAUCCAGGAGUUGCAGCUACAUUUGGGUGACUGGUAUUACAUUGAUGGUUCUGGACGUGAGAAAGGGCCUUCAUCAUUUUCAGAGCUACAACAUUUAGCAGAUCAAGGAAUUGUAAAAAGGCAUAGCAGUGUGUUUAGGAAACAUGAUAAACUCUGGGUUCCUAUUACAUCUACCGCAGAAACUACAGAUGUCUGUUUCACAAGCCACCAAAAAAGCAGUUCAACAUUGGGUGCAUGCUCUGAUCAUCAAUCAGAGCAAACUCAAGGUGUUUCAUAUGGUGGUGGAUCUUACACAAGUUCAAGUAUGUUUAACUGGAUACACCCUCAGUUUGUUGGUUUUACUCGUGGGAAGCUGCACGAACUGGUUAUGAAAUCAUACAAGAGCCGGGAGUUGGCCGCUGCUAUAAAUGAGGUUUUAGAUCCCUGGAUCAAUGCAAGACAACCAAAGAAAGAUAUUGAGAAACAAAUAUAUUGGAAAUCAGAAGGCGACAUGCGAGCUGCCAAAAGAGCCCGGAUGCUGGUUGAUGAUAGUGAAGAAGACAGUGGUUUGGAAGAUGAUGUUACCAUUGACAAGAAUGAACCCACUUUUGAAGAUCUAUGUGGUGAUGCUACCUUUCCUGAAGACGAAAUUGGUAUCUCUGAUUCUGAAGUGGGAAGCUGGGGCUUAUUGGAUGGUCCGGUAUUGGCACGAAUUUUUCAUUUUUUGAGAUCUGAUUUUAAGUCCCUUGUAUUUGCAUCGAUGACGUGCAAGCAUUGGAGUGCUGCUGUAAGGUUUUACAAGGAAGUUUCAAUACAGGCCAAUUUGUCAUCCUUAGGGCCUUCCUGCACUGAUACUGUGUUGUGGAACAUUAUGAAUGCCUAUGAGAGAGACAAGAUCAAUUCAAUCAUUCUAAUGGGGUGUAACAAUAUUACGGCUGACAUACUUGAGAAAAUUCUUCUUUCAUUUCCUGGUUUAUGUACCAUAGACAUUAGAGGAUGCAGCCAGUUUAGAGAGCUAACUCCUAAAUUUACCAAUGUGAAAUGGAUCAAGAGCAGAAGUUCACGCAUGGAUAGAAUUACAGAACAAGUUUCAUCUACAUCCAAAUCCAGCAAUUUAAGAAUAGAUGGUUUUGGUCAAUUGAAAGAGUAUUUUGAUAGCGUGGAUAAGAGAGAUUCGGCAAAGCAGUUAUUUCGGCAAAACUUAUACAAGCGGUCCAAACUAUAUGAUGCUAGAAGGUCCUCUUCCAUUCUAUCUAGGGAUGCUCGUACAAGACGUUGGGCUAUUAAGAAGUCUGAAAGUGGUUUUAAGAAGAUGGAGGAAUUCCUCGCUUCGAGACUAAAGGAAAUCAUGAAGUCAAAUUCUUGUGACUUCUUUGUACACAAGGUUGCAGAAAUUGAGGCUAAAAUGAAAAAUGGUUAUUACAGUAGCCGUGGAUUGAGCUCUGUCAAAGAGGACAUAAGUAGAAUGUGCCGUGAUGCAAUAAAAGCAAAAAAUCGGGGUGAUUCUAGUGACAUGAAUCACAUUAUCACAUUAUUUAUUCAACUUGCAGCUCGGUUGGAAGUGAGUUCUAAAAAUGUGCAUGGCAGAGAUGUCCUACUGAAGUCAUGGGACAGUGACUCGCCAGCAAUGUUCUGUUCUACUUCGUCAAAGUAUAAAAAAAAUAGAUUAGUGAAAGAAAGGAAGUACAGGAGUAAUGGAAAACAUAAUAUUUUGGAUAAUGUAGAGUAUACCUCUGAUAGAGAUAUUAGGAGGCGCUUAUCAAAGUUGAAUAAGAAAUCCAUGGGCUCCGACAGUGAAACAUCUGAUGAUCUUGAUCGGUCUUUUGAUGAUGACAAGAGUGACAGUGAUACUACGUCAACUCAGUCUGAAAGUGACCAUGAAGUACGCUCACAAAUUUUGAUUAGGGAACCAAGAGGGGAUGGAUGCUUCUCACCUGAGGAAGAGUCGGGUUUCAUAACUGAUGACCGAGAGUGGGGUGCUCGCAUGACAAAAGCAAGUCUGGUUCCUCCAGUUACCAGGAAAUAUGAAGUCAUUGAUCAUUAUUGCAUUGUAGCUGAUGAGGAGGAGGUGCGGAGGAAGAUGCGGGUUUCAUUACCAGAUGAUUAUGCAGAGAAGCUGAGUGCACAAAAGAAUGGCACAGAGGAGUCAGAUAUGGAGCUUCCUGAAGUCAAAGAUUUCAAACCUAGAAAGCAGCUUGGAAAUGAGGUUAUUGAGCAAGAGGUUUAUGGAAUUGAUCCUUAUACACACAACCUUUUGCUUGAUUCUAUGCCAGGGGAUUUAGAUUGGUCUCUGCAAGAGAAGCAUUUGUUUAUAGAAGACGUGCUCCUUCAAACAUUGAAUAAGCAUGUUAGGAGCUCUACUGGAACUGGAAAUACUCCAAUGAGCUACCCUUUGCAGCCUGUUAUUGACGAUAUUAGAAGAUGCGCCGAAGAAGAUUGUGAUGCAAGAAUGAUUAGAAUGUGUCAAGGUAUUCUAAAGGCCAUAGACAGUCGUCCAGAUGACAAAUAUGUAGCUUAUAGAAAGGGGCUUGGUGUUGUUUGCAACAAGGUAGAAGGCUUCUGUCAAGAUGAUUUUGUUGUGGAGUUUUUGGGAGAGGUUUAUCCUGUGUGGAAGUGGUUUGAGAAACAAGAUGGGAUUCGAUCUCUGCAGAAAGAUAGUACAGAUCCAGCACCAGAGUUCUAUAACAUCUACCUUGAGAGACCAAAGGGUGAUGCGGAUGGGUAUGACUUAGUUGUCGUUGAUGCCAUGCACAAAGCUAAUUAUGCCAGUCGAAUAUGUCAUUCUUGCCGACCCAAUUGUGAAGCCAAAGUCACCGCUGUUGAUGGUCAGUAUCAAAUUGGUAUUUAUAGUGUUCGUAAAAUUCAACAUGGUGAGGAGAUCACUUUUGAUUACAAUUCUGUUACUGAGAGCAAGGAGGAGUAUGAAGCAUCGGUUUGUUUGUGUGGAAGCCAAGUAUGCCGCGGGAGCUACUUGAAUCUGACUGGUGAAGGGGCGUUUCAAAAGGUUUUGAAGGACUCACAUGGAAUUCUUGAUCGGCAUUAUUUGAUGCUAGAAGCUUGUGAAUCAAACUCCGUGUCUGAAGAGGAUUAUAAUGACCUCAGUAGAGCUGGUUUAGGCAUUUGUUUGCUUGGGGGCCUGCCAGAUUGGCUUAUUGCCUAUGCAGCCCGCCUUGUGAGAUUCAUCAAUUUUGAAAGAACGAAACUUCCUGAAGAAAUUCUAAAGCAUAAUCUGGAAGAAAAGAGAAAAUAUUUUUCAGAUGUAUGUCUUGAAGUUGAAAGGAGUGAUGCUGAGGUUCAGGCGGAGGGAGUGUACAACCAAAGACUUCAGAAUCUUGCUGUCACUCUCGAUAAGGUAAGGUAUGUUAUGAGAUGUAUAUUUGGUGAUCCUCGGAAAGCGCCGCCUCCUAUUGAGAAGCUCAGUCCUGAAGCAAUUGUUUCGUCUCUCUGGAAAGGAGAGGGCUCAUUUGUUGAGGAGCUUCUUCAGUGCAUAGCCGCUCAUGUGGAAGAAGACAUCUUGAAUGAUCUCAAAGCCAAAAUUCAUGCCCACGAUCCUUCAGGUUCGAAAGAUAUUCAGAAAGAGCUUCGGAAAUCUCUAUUAUGGUUGAGGGAUGAGAUCCGAAGUCUUUCUUGUACAUAUAGAUGCCGGCAUGAUGCUGCUGCUGACUUACUCCAUAUUUACUCUUAUACCAAGCACUUCUUUAGAAUACAUGAAUAUCAAACCAUUACUUCACCGCCCGUCCAUAUUAGUCCACUGGACUUAGGCCCCAAGUAUACUAACAAGCUGGGAGCAGAGAUUCAGGAGUACCGGAAGGUAUAUGGAAAAAGUUAUUGUUUGGGGCAGCUGAUCUUUUGGCAUAAUCAGAGUAAUGCAGAUCCAGAUCAUAGCUUGGUUAGAGCAAGCAGGGGGUGUUUGUCUUUACCAGACAUCAGUUCCUUUUAUACAAAGGCUCAGAAGCCAUCACAGAAUCGUGUUUAUGGUCCAAGGACUGUCAGAUCUAUGUUGGCAAGAAUGGAGAAGCAGCCGCAGAGAUCCUGGCCCAAAGACCAGAUAUGGUUGUAUAGAAGUUGUCCAAAAUUCUUUGGUAGCCCAAUGUUAGAUGCUGUAAUAAAUAACUCUACAUUGGACGGAGAGAUGGUUCAUUGGUUGAGGCACAGACCGGAGGCCGCAUGGGACCGUUAA